ACCUGCGCUGCUCUUUAAAUCUUUUAAUCGAAAUCGCUGUAAUAAAACCGGGACAUGUAUCGUAUUUUGUGUUGUAGACCCAAAUCUCUCUCUAUCUCAUGAAUGGCAAGUAACACAGUGAUCUUACGAUCAACGAGCAUGCGAAAAAUUUGGAGGGAGAAAAAGGUUUUUUUUUCGUGUUUUCUCUUGUUCAUCAAAAACCGAGACCGUGUAGCGAACGAGCAACAUGUUGAACUUGAAGCUGGGAAUUAGUCAACAGUCAGUUACCGAAGAACACGCGACGUAGUCGCCACGGCUCAAUUUGAAAGUAAUAAAGUGAUCAAUACGUAUUUUUAGGUGUCCUUUAGUUCAGUGUGAUUUGAUUGAAAAUUGUUUUUCGUUUGCAUAAAACAACAAAUUAAAGAAGAAAAAAAUACAAAAAAUCAAACGAUUGAUACAUAGAGUUGGUAGCUAUUUAAAUUCAACUCGAAAGGCAACCAACCGAUCAAUUUGGAACUUUGGAUGAAGUUGCGUCGAAGGUUCAUUUAAAAUAUUUUGACAACAAAAGGCAAAUAAUUUCGUUGAUGACCAGUGAAUAUUCAAGUCGAUUCCAGCCGGACAAUUUAUAAGCGAUCAGUGUUUUUUUUAAUUCGAAGUUGUAGAGAGAGAAAUUACUUUGAAUAAGAAAAUGUCGGUAAAUAAUAAUGAAAUAUUGAAUAGUGAGUUCAGUGAGCCGUCCAUUGCGGAAUUUUAUGCUGGAAAGAACAUUUUCAUUACGGGCGGUACUGGGUUCCUUGGCACCGUUUUGAUUGAAGCAUUGCUCAGCUCUACGCCAAAAAUCGGCACAAUUUAUUUGCUCAUCCGCGAAAAAUAUGGAUCAGACACCAAUAAGCGGGUUGAACGAUUGCUGUCGAAACCGAUUUUCAAUUCACAUUCGGCGGAAACAUUGAAAAAGGUGGUACCCGUUGUUGGUGUGAUGGAUGCUGUGAAUAUGGGUUUCGAUGACGAAACAUUGAAUGAGCUACGUGAAAAAGUUAACAUAAUUUUCCAUGUGGCUGCCACAAUUAAAUUCAAUACACAUUUACGUGUUGCAAUCCAAACGAAUUUGACGGGCACACUGCGGUGCAUUGAAUUUGGCAAAAGUUUAAAAAAGAUGGAUGCGUUUGUGCAUUUAUCGACGGCUUUUUGCAACAGUAAUUAUGCUGGUUUGUUGGAGGAAAAAGUAUACGCACCGGCUCAGGAUCCAUAUGAAAUGCUAAAGAUGGCUGAAAAUGACGAUGCUUGGGCCAAUAUCAAAACACGCGCUGACUGGCUACAUAUAACGAAAGAGCAUCCAAACACUUACACAUUUACAAAACAAUUGGCCGAAAAUUUAGUAAUGAAAGAGCUUGCCGGUUUUCCAGCAGCAAUUGUGCGACCUUCGAUUGUUUACGGCACGUAUGAGCAUCCCGUGCAAGGUUGGGUCGGCAACGCGAGUAGCGGUCAUCUCGGUUUCUUUGCUGGCUACUACAAAGGUUUAUUCCGUACAAUUUAUGGAAAUUCGCAGUCAAAGAUUGAUCUUAUACCAGUCGACUAUACGAUUAAUGCUUCAAUCGUGCUGGGAUGGUAUGUUGGAACCCGAAAAUUGGAAUUGCCAGAAGUCAUCCAUUCCACUUCUGGUGAUGUGAAUCCAUUAUCUCUAGAAGAAUUCACUGACAUAUUGAACGAACGAGUCCGCGUCAACCCAAGUCUGAAAAUGGUUUGGGUGCCCCAUGCCAAAAUCCGAAAUGGCCUUAGACACACCGUCUUCUUCUAUCUGUUUCACAUAUUCCCCACAAUGAUUUGGUAUUGGCCCGAAAAAUUACUUGGUCUUGGAAUUCGACAUCACACGAGCCUCGAAUUCAUGCGUAUGUUCAACAAAGGCACCAAGGCGUUCCACUUCUUCUUGAACAAGAAUUUCCAAUAUUCCACGAAAAACGCAAUGCGAAUCGCACCAUUGAUGCACCCAAAUGACGUCGAUCGAUACAAAUUCGAUGCUAGCGAUCUCGACUGGAGUGAACUGCUUGAGCGAAACUUUUUGGGUGUGCGUCGGUAUUAUUUCAGAGAAAGAGGCAAUACAUCACUAAAACACGUCAUCGUUUAUGCAUUAUUCCAAACAUUAAAUUUCAUUGGAAUGGCUGCAAUGAUUUGGUAUUCAUACAAGCUGUUUACCGGUAUUGAAUCAGCGUUCGGUUUGGGACUAUCAUCACCGGUGCUUAUAAGUCUAGGGUUGCUUCUUGGAAGUUUUUUGAUUUGGCUAUAAACCAUCGAUAGUUUUGCUCCUUCUUUUUAAUCACUUUUUGUUGUUCAUAUUCUUUAACUGAGUAUUUUUCUUUUAAUUUAAAUAAGUUAUUUUAGUAGACAUUUUGAUAUGAUACAUUUCACCUGUGUACACUGUAUAUUCGCUGAUCAAAAAAUGUUAAAAUGUAUCUUCAGAAACAGAAAAUAAAACGCAAUCCAAACGGUCAAUUAAAUUAUGUAAUCUGUGGAAAAUGCAAUUAUUUUGGUUGUGUUAAUAGUUCUGUCUUUAUUUGAAAAAAAUAUAAAUAAAUAUUAAAUGAGUAUGCUAUAAACAUUUAAUAAA